AUGGCACUGCGCUGCAGGCUCCGAUCUCUCAUACUCCAACAACAUCGCCUAUUCUCCACAUCAAACCUGAGUUCAAACUCCAAGACCCUACAGGACAGGAAAGAGAAAGCCCGAGCCGCGCUCUACGUCAUCUGCUCCGAGCAAAACCCGGAACGCGUCGUUGAUAUCUGCCGAUCCACCGCCCUCUCGCCCGAGUCACACCUCGAUCGACUUGCCUACUCAAGAGCCAUUUCGAAGCUUAAAGAAUCGAACAACUACGAAGGCAUUCGGGCCUUCAUCAAGGACUCCAUUAAGCAACUCACUUGCAGGUCUGAGCGCUUUGUUUCAUAUUUCCUCGUUCUUUAUGGUCAGGGGGGCCUUGUCAAAGAUGCUGUCAAGCUGUUCGAUGAAAUGCCGGAGAUGGGUAUUGAGAGAAAUGUGAAGACUCUGAACUCUUUGUUGACUUCUUGCAUUUUGGCUGGAGAAUACGGCGAAAUGAAGCGAGUCUUUACAGAGUUCCCCGGGAAGUACGGACUGGAACCGAACCUGGACACGUAUAAUGUUGUUCUGAAAGGCUUAUGCAAGUCGGGCAGUGCAAAUGAGGCACACUCCAUAUUGGCUGAGAUGGAGAGGAAGAAAAUAAAACCCAAUACAACCACGUUUGUCACUGCCAUUGGAGGGAUCUAUGAGCAAGGAAAUUAUAUUGACGUGGGGAAAAUGAUGCAAUUGAUGAAGAAAUAUGGUAUUGAACCAGGGAUGAGUAUCUAUAACGUUAGAAUUCAGAGCUUGUGUAAACUUAAGAGGUCAGCUGAGGCUAAGGCAUUAUUCGAUGCGUUGCCGUCAAGGGGUAUGAAGCCAACUUGCGGGACGUACGGGCAUUUAAUUUAUGGGUUCUGUCGGGAAGGAAAAUUGGAUGUUGCAAAGAGUUUAUACAAGAAGAUGGUUGAUAGGGGUUUGCAGCCAGAAGCUCAGUGUUAUUUCACGCUGGUGUAUUACUUGUGUCAAGGACAAGAUUUUGAUGCUGCCUUAGGCAUUUGUAAGGAUUGUAUGUCCAAGGGUUGGGUGCCAAAUAUUACAACUAUGAAGUCUCUUGUAGAUGGGCUGGUGAGGAUUGAGAAGGUUGAUGAUGCCAGGGAAAUCAUCAGACGGGUGAAGGAGAAAUUCUCUAGGAAUGCUGAUAGGUGGUCUGAGAUUGAGGCAGCAUUCCCUAAAUAG